CGUUACACUGUGAUUGGCAUAAUAACAAGAAGCGGCUUUGCCGACAAAUUUGCGCUUGAUUCGGGAAAAACGUGUAAAACAUCUAAUUUACUAACUAAACUACGCGGAAAGCAAUAUAAUCAUAAACAGCAAUGGCUUUAGUUUGCGCACUGACAAACGAAGUCCCCGAGACGCCCGUGGUUUCUCCAUAUUCAGGAGCCGUAUUUGAAAAGCGGGUGAUUGAGAAGUAUCUGUUGGAGAAUGGUUGCGAUCCUAUCAGCGGCAAGGAGUUAAAGCCGGAGGAACUGAUAGAGAUAAAAACACCGGCUGUGGUGAAGCCAAAACCGCCAAGUGCAACCAGCAUUCCGGCCACUUUGAAAACGAUGCAGGACGAAUGGGACGCUCUGAUGAUCCAUUCAUUCACACAGCGCCAGCAGCUGCAAACGACCCGCCAGGAGUUGUCGCAUGCCCUCUACCAGCACGAUGCCGCCUGUCGUGUGAUUGCAAGGCUCAAUAAGGAGGUGGCUGCUGCUCGGGAGGCUCUGGCCACAUUGAAACCCCAGGCGGGCAUUAUCAACGCCCCAACUGCGAUUCCUCAACCAGCCCUGGCAUCCGAGGCUGGUGGAUCCGCAGCCCAUCCCAUGGAACAGGCGGGCAUGAAUGCUGAGGUUAUACAAAAGCUUCAGGAUAAGGCCACGGUGCUGACGCAAGAGCGUAAGAAGCGCGGCCGCACUGUGCCCGAGGAUCUGGUGACUACGGAUCAAGUUAAGAGUUUCCUAACCGUCGCAUCCCAUCCCGGCCUGCACUCGGCCUCGGUGCCCGGCAUUUUGGCCCUAGAUAUCAACAGUGCUGAUCACAGUAAGAUUUUGACUGGCGGCAACGACAAAAACGCCACUGUAUUUAACAAGGACACCGAGCAAAUGGUAGCCAUCUUAAAAGGACACACCAAGAAGAUUACGAAAGUCAUCUAUCACCCGAACGAGGAUACCGUCAUUACUGGCUCUCCCGACAUGAACAUACGCAUAUGGCACGUGCCCACUUCACAGACUCAACUGCUCCUGCGCUGCCACGAAGGGCCUGUGACAGGACUCUCGCUGCAUCCUACAGGGGACUAUUUGCUGUCCACUUCGUCCGACAAACACUGGGCAUUUUCAGACAUUCGUACUGGUCGUCUGCUCACUAAGGUAAUCGAUACUGCCGAGGUCGGACUGACGACAGCGCAAUUCCAUCCUGAUGGUCUAAUCUUCGGCACGGGCACCGUAGACUCACAGGUCAAGAUCUGGGAUCUGAAGGAGCAAAGCAAUGUUGCCAACUUCCCUGGCCACACCGGUCCCAUUUCGGCGAUCUCCUUCUCGGAGAACGGUUACUACCUGGCUACUGCCGCAGAUGACGCCUGUGUCAAGCUGUGGGAUUUGCGAAAGCUCAAGAACUUCAAGACGAUCCAGCUUGAUGAUGGCUACGAGGUGAAAGAUUUGUGCUUCGACCAGAGCGGAACCUAUCUGGCAAUUGCUGGCAGCGAUGUCAGGAUUUACUUGUGCAAACAGUGGCAGGAACUGAAGGUAUUCAAUGACCACACGGCCCUGGCAACGGGCGUAAGAUUUGGAAAGCACGCUCAGUAUCUCGCCUCCACCAGCAUGGAUCGCACCCUGAAGCUGUACGCCAUCGAAUAAGCAAAUGCAGAGUCAACAUAUUUAGUAAUUAAGUCCAGCUAAUUUUCUUAUACAAUAUAUUCUACGGAUUCUGUUUUCUUGAACAAAACUUACAGAAAAAUAAACCUGACCCUCUAUCCAA